CCUUGUGUUGACAACAUAGCAGCAAGUGACAGAUUUCAUUCUACCAUGACUGCAACAAAGAACAACGGCAACUACUACCUGAGAGACAACAAUGAAGCCCAAAUCUCUCGUAUUGAGGUUAUUUGAUAAUACUGAGUCCUUAGGUGAGAGGCAAGCGGAGAAAGGAUCCAGGUAUCACCGACAAGUAGACUGUUCGGACCAACAUGAGACCCCCGCACCAAAUGAUACCUCCGGCCCCCAGGUAGAGGAUGGGGGGAGAAAGAAAGAGAAGUGCGCCACUGAGAUCCAUUUUGCCUUUUUACCGGAGAGGUACGAGCCCCUAGUCGAAGAGGAUGAAGGAAGGCAAAGAGCAAAAGAAGAAAAGAAAAACAAGAAGAUAAAAAAAUACAAGAAAGUCAAGAAGAAUGUCGGCAAGGCCCUUCGCUACAGCUGGAAGUGUUUGAUGCUUGGUCUUCACAGUAUGGCAGCAGGCUAUUCCACCCCACUCACUGCCGCUGCUGCCCUCGUCCCAGAGUUUCAUGCGGGCAGGGACAGGGGCUGAGAGGACCAAUCACAUUGAUCUGUAAUCCUUCUUAAUGUUCACUGACUCUAUCGCUGUGGCCCCAGGGUCUCAAAAUUAACCAGCACUGAAAACGCUCAAUUGAGAGUUCUCUACAUGAUGAAAUUAUAGAAUUUCAAUAUCCUGUUGUAGAAUAAUGAUAAAAAUACUUUCAUUCUUAUUGUAAGGUUUUGCAUGUUUAUAAGACGUAAUAAACUGUUUAUAUUUUUUAUAGUUACUUAAUAGGAACUUUGUAGGAAGCACAUUGAUGCAUUUGUAAUUACAUUUAUGUGAUAGAUAUAUUUCCUAAUCAUGUCAACAUUCUAUGUCAGACGUUUUAUACUUUUACAAUGACUACAACUUUGAAAUUUAUGGGAUAUUUUGUAUAUUUGUAAACUCUAAUUACAACAUUUCACAGUUACUUACUGCACAAUUAUAAAUUAUUUUCUCAAAUA